UGGUUUGCAAUGGUUUGGUUAGGGUCUGGCUCUAUAGUCAGCCUCUAAGUGCUGGAAUUACAGGCUGAGAUCUUUCCUCCCGACGAAGUGGUUUCUCAUGUGUAAAUAGAAUGUCACAGUUGAAAGUGACCCCUGAUGCUUAACCAUUAACCAAGUCUAGAAAUAUUGUCUGUUAGUUAUUCCCAGAGUUGUUUGUUGAGCAGGGAAGACCAUCCAUAAUAUUAAAUAAGAGAUGGUGUAUGGCCCUGAAGCCUUUUUCUUAUCUGGGGUGGCCUAAUUUUUCUUGUCAGUCUAUCUUCCAAUUCUGUGACUGGAAGAACACUAUAGAUAAGGCCUUAUGGCCGUCUUUUUUGUUUGUUUUUUCGAGACAGGACUUCUGUGUAUGACAGCCCUGACUGUCCUAGAACUCGCUUUGUAGACCAAGCUGCCUUCAAACUCAGAGAUCCACCUGCCUCUGCCUCCCAAAGGCUAGGUUUAAAGGCAUAUGCCACCACUGCCCAGCUAAGUCAUUGUAGUCUUAUGGCUAGACUGUUCAAUAGUAGAUGUCAUAAACUUGUUAAAAACACAAAAAAGUUUAGAAGAUGUGAAAGUUCUGGCAAAAUCAGGUGGUAGUAUCAAUUCACAUUUCUCUUCAGUGGAGAACUCCCUGCUGCCUUUAUACUUGUAGCAUAAAGUAGACUGUAUGUCUCACAGGGUGACCUGAGUGUCCCCUCUACAAACAAAUGUAGUAAAAAGUCCUGUGAGUGCAAAUAGGGGUGAGAUGACUUCCAUCCUGCGAAGCCCUCAGGCUCUCCAGCUCACACUAGCCCUGAUCAAGCCUGAUGCGGUUGCCCACCCACUGAUUCUGGAGGCUGUACAUCAGCAGAUUCUGAGCAACAAGUUCCUCAUUGUGCGGACACGAGAACUACAGUGGAGAAAGGAAGACUGCCGCAGGUUCUACCGAGAGCACGAAGGGCGUUUUUUCUAUCAGCGGCUGGUGGAGUUCAUGGCCAGUGGGCCAAUCCGAGCCUACAUCCUUGCCCACAAAGAUGCCAUCCAGCUUUGGAGGACACUGAUGGGGCCCACCAGAGUAUUUCGAGCACGCCACAUGGCCCCAGAUUCAAUUCGUGGGAGUUUGGGCCUCACUGACACCCGAAACACUACCCAUGGCUCAGACUCUGUGGCUUCCGCCAGCAGAGAGAUCGCAGCUUUCUUCCCUGACUUCAGUGAACAGCGCUGGUAUGAAGAGGAGGAGCCCCAGCUGCGCUGUGGUCCUGUGUGGUACAGUCCAGAGGAAGGGAUCCACUGUGCGCUGGAACGGGAGGCCCGGGACCAGCCUAGUAAAGUCCUGUCGGUCCCUGAGGGGAAUCGUGGGCUGAAGGCACUGUCUCUCUUGGACCCCAUCACCUGUCCAAAGACCUAGCAUAUCACUGCUCAGCUGCUACAAUCUAGUUCUCGCUACCUCUUCUAUGGAACACUCAUGGGUAUUUGGGAAGGUUGGGGACUCCUCUUUUGUGUGUUGGGGGGGGGUACUGAAACAGGUUUCUCUGUAUAACAGCUCUCUCUGGCCAUUCCAGAACUUGUUUUAUGACUAGGCUGGCCUCGAACUCACAGAGAUCCUCCUGCCUCUGGCUCCUAAAUGCUGGGAUUAAAGGUUGUGCACCACCACCACCUGCCCAACUGGUGACUCCUCUUUCUGCAAGGAACUGUCAUCCUUCCUCAAGGUUACUGCCUGUUGACUAGCCAGGAAAGUGCAGUGACCAUGUAACCAGCAUUUGACCUGGCUUUUUAAAUAAAUUCUGUCCUGCUGCAUCCUCCAGGGCGGCAGCACUCCUGCACGAGCUUUCUUUGUCGUCCAUUGGACGUUGCAUCUGCCCUGGAGCCCGGUUUCUGGUCUGUGCGAACUGAAGAGAGUCAUGUAAGAUUCUCUCAGUGGGUUGAUAGAAUUGACUUACUGUCCUGUUAUGUAGGAGGCAGAAGCCUGGUAUUCCCGUCAUCUGCCCACCCCCGGGUCCCACAGAACUGACCCCAUAGUUCCUCUGACCUCCACAUAUGUCCCGUAGUAUGCAGGUAUGUGCAGGCAUUCACACACACA